CUCACUGUUACGAAAGCAGGCAACGGAUAAACACAUACAUCACUAACACUGCUGAAGAAGCAACAACAACAAAAACCAUGGGAGGGGUGACAGUUGAUGUCGAAUAUUGUGGAGGAUGAGGAUACGGGCCCCGCUAUCAGGAGCUCGCCCGGGUUGUCAAGGGCGAGUUUCCCGAUGCGGCUGUGUCAGGCACCGUGGGAAGAAGUGGCAGCUUUGAGAUUCAAAUCAACGGGCAGCUGGUCUUCUCCAAGCUUGAGCAAGGAGGUUUCCCAUAUGAGGAUGAUAUCAUGAACGCUGUCCAGUGCGUAUAUGACGGGAAACCGUUACAGAAGAUCACCAAAAGCCGUGCACCAUGUGUCAUCAUGUAAACCUUCCUCUCUCUGUCCUUGCCCUCACCUACCAGCAGCAUCGAGACAAGGAUAGUGCAACUGCGUAUACUGCUACCACCACCUCCGGUAUACCCUGACCCUGUUAACAAAGACUGGGAUAAAACCUUAAAUCCAACAGAGGUGCACUAUGGCCACAAGCCCCUUUCUGUGAUGCAGAGAGUGACCAUCUAACGCUGCUCUGCUGUCUGGCUCCCCUCUAUGUUCUCACUGCGGUGCUCCAGGCUGUUAAUGAUUACUGUAGCCUAAAAUAUAAAGGUUAUGGUAUGAUGAAUCCAUUCCUGGAGUUUCCUGCUUCUGAGCUCAGAGACGGGGAGAAGCUUUAGCAGACGGGUUGGAGGGAGCUCACUUUUCAUUUCCUCUUUUCUUACAGCCUCAUUGCCUGGCGUACUCUAACUGCCUAACUGUCUAUCCCUUUUUCUGUUUUUGCUUGUGUUUAUUCAUCUCAAAUGCAACUAACAAUUAUCAUUAAAAUGCAAGGACAGGACAAAUUGGUUGCACAUUAUUUUCUAAGUAUAAAAGUUUUCUGCCUCUGUUCUAUACUGUAACUAAAGCAUUUUUUUACCCCUGAGAUUUGAUAACAAUGUCAAAUACUAUGUUGACUGUACGGGUUUUAGAUAGAAAAUCAACAUCAUAAUCUGCAGUGGGUAAAUGCAAAGCUAAAAUAGUUUUCUUUCUUUAACAAAUUGGAUUGGUUUUAAACAUUAAAAUCAUUGAUCUUAACACUGCCUUUGUGUGCAGCCGCUUAACCCCCCCCCCCCCCCCCCUUUUUUUGUUAUUCCAACUGUCCAGUCUGAAUUAUUAUUUUUUUUUUAUUUUUUUGUUCCUGUUCAAAUGAAACUGGUCAGGUAAUGGAGAAUUCAUCAGUAGUGCUUCUGAAGACCACCACCCACUGGUCUGUCAGCUCACACUUAUUAGAUGUCAGCUCAUUCUCCACAAAUCAUGUAGUAGUUUAUUCUGAUGUAAAAAAAAAAUCUAGUCUUUGAAUAAAGGUAAUGGUUUUUAAAA